AUGGCGGUGUGGAUUUUUCUCCAGGCUGCUAAGAAAGGAGCCAGCGAAACGGUGGUGGGACUGAUAUUUGGAGUGUUUUCCCUCGUUCAGCUCCUCUUUUCUCUUCUGUUGGGAAAAUACAUGGUUAAGAUUGGAGUCAAGUUCACGUUUCUCUCAGGACUGCUGGCCUCUGGAACCUGCACAAUUCUGUUUGGACUCCUUGACGAGGCCCCGAGCGGCAGGAUCUUCAUCGCCCUGUGCUUCCUGCUGCACGGCGUGGACGCCGUGGGCUGUGCUGCCUCCAUGACUGCGUCCUUCACCAUCUUGAUGUCGAUGUUCCCGCACAACAUCUCCACGACCAUCGGCUUCCUGGAGCUCCUCGCAGGGCUGGGCUUGGUGAUGGGUCCUCCUCUGGGCGGGUUCCUGUACGAGGCGUGGGGCUAUAGGAUGACUCUCAUAAUCGUCGGCGUCUUCAUGUUGCUCACCAUCCCCGUCAUCCUCGCCGCUCUGCCUCCGCAAGUGCUGGUGGGGAGCAGUGGUUCGUUCAUACGGCUCUUGUCACUGCCCUCUGUGAUUGUCGUGGCAUUGCUCAUCUGCUGCGUGGACUCAUCGAUGGGAUUUUUCGAUCCCAACAUCUCGCUGUUCCUCUUUGAGCAGUUCAAUCUGAGCUCUGGGAAGAUUGGACUCGUCUUCAUGAGCCUGUGCAUCUCAUACUCUGUGAGCUGUCCUGUCGUGGGCUACGUCAGCGACCGCAGACCUCAAUGGAUGAGAUGCAUGAUGCUGGCUGGAGCUUUUGUAUCCGGUAUCUGCUUCUGCUUGUUGGGCCCUGUUCCCAUCCUGCACAUCCACACUCAGCUGUGGCUCGUGGUGGUGGUCCUGGCCGUGCUGGGUGUUUCCAUCGCCACAGCCAUCGUCCCCACAUUUUCGGAGAUCCUCCUCAUGGCCACUAACAAUGGCUUUGAAGUGGGGCUGGGCACGCUGGGGUUGGUGUCCGGUAUCUGCAAUGGCUUGAUGUCUUUCGGGGGUCCACUGGCAUCAUUAGGGGCCAAGGGGUCUGCUUCAGGGGCCACCACAAAGUGCAAAGAAAUCCCCAAAGGAAAGUCCACUCUGCCAUGCAGAACCUCCUUGAAGAAGAGUCUUGAGAUUAGGCUGAUGGUCAGAAUUAAAGGGAUUGCACAAACAAGACACGAGUUGGCAGAGUACAGACAGUACAAAUACGACUGUUUGUUGUCCUCCUACACCUCAAAUUAUCACGGUUGGCGACAUACGGCGCGAAAGUGGUUCACCAUUCAUACGUACAUCGUCGUCGUCAUUCAUGAAAGUUCCGUGACGUGGAGUAUCUGCGUUAAGGUAUUCCAUGAAAUUAAAAUCUCAGAUGCGCGUUGUGCAGUGACGGCUGCCUUCCGUGUGGACCUCAGGAGCUUCAUAGGUCCCACGCUGGGCGGACUCCUCGAUGACUACGUGAACUUCAAGUGGGCCGCCACCAUGGAGGGGCUGCUCUUAAUCCUUGCGGUCCGUGGGCCACUGGUGGCACCUGGUGGUCUUUAG